AUGGACAAAAAAACUAUUGUAGCAAUAUGUACAGCUAUAAUAGAAAUUAUAGAUGAAACAAGUAGUAGUAGUUCGGAAGAAGAANAAGAAUUGUUAUCUUUAUCAUUUCCGAAAGAGAAAAUCAAAAAGAUCGGUCGCCAUACAAUCAGCGCUGAAAAACAAUUAUUAAUUGCAUUAUGGACAAUAGCAACAUCAGACUCAUACAGAUUUGUUUGUGAUCGAUUUAAUGUUGCACGAGCAACGGCAUGGUAUGCAGUGAGAAGAGUGUGUCGAGCAAUUUAUUCUCUGGCACCUCAAAUUAUUAAAUGGCCUAAUCGAGAAGAGGCUGAAUAUACAUGGAUAAAUAUUGAAAAUAAUUACAAAUUCCCAAAAGUUGUAGGUGCUAUUGAUGGCACACAUAUACCAAUUAGUAAACCAAAAAAGGAUAGUGAAAGUUAUAUUAAUCGAAAAGGUUACCACUCUAUACAAUUACAAGUUGUUUGUAAUUCAACAUUAAAAUUUAUACACUGCUACGCAGGACAACCUGGAUGUGUUCACAAUAUGCGAGUAUUCAAAUUAAGUGGCAUUCAGGGAAUGUGUACAGCUGAUCAUUUUCCUGAAAAUAGCCAUAUAUUAGGUGAUGGAGCGUAUGCUUUACAGAAACAUGUCAUGGUACCUUACAAAAAUAACGGUCACUUAACGGAAGCACAACUUAACUUUAAUUAUCGCCUAAGUUCAUCGCGUACGAUAGUGGAAAAAGCCAUUGGCUUAUUAAAANGACGUUUUCGUCGAUGUUCGAUAAAGACCGUAUCACCGCUUGUAGCUAGGUAG